ACCUAAUCUCUCUGCUUUGUACCACUUAAGUUUUCUGGACUUUUCUCUCUGGAUCCCUUGUGGUCUUCCCUUCUCUCCUUUUUCUUUUCUUUCCUAUUCUUUUCUUCCCCCACCGCCUUCCUCUCCCUCCUUAUUUUUCUCCUCCUGAAGAAUUUUUUUCCAUGUAUUUUCUAUCCCUUAGAUGCAAGCUUUUCCCUAUCUCUAAGUAUAAUUGUUGCCUUUCUGGGCAGGUGGCUGGGCUGUUCUAUCCUUAUGGUGCCUAUGGUUUGAGCUCAGUGCUGCUCUGCCCAUAAUGGGUUGCACUGGGUUCUGGUUGAGGAAAUCGCAGCAGGACAGAUGAGUUUUCAUUUGGGGGUUGAUCUGACUCCUUACCAACACAAACCACCUUUGUAGCUUUUAGACAAGCCACCAUUUGGAUGUGUGUGAGGUUCUGAAACAGCACAGGAGUACAGUACUUUACCUAUGGCUUUUAUCUCAUCCACCUGUUUUUCCCAGGCAUCUGGUGCAGGACAUUUUGGGAUAGAAAAGCUUCAUUUACCCAGUGUCACAUCUCUGUCUUUGACCAUGAGCUGCCCUGAGUCUCAAAAGACCAGAAUUGGUGGGAAGAGUGCUGAUUCUCCCCCAAAACAAGUUAUCUUCAGAAAAAGCACCCGUGACAAAGCUCUGACCAUCUACCUGGGAAAGCGGGACUUCAUUGAUAAUGUAGGGAAUGUGGAACCUGUGGAUGGUGUUGUAUUGGUGGAUCCUGCUGUUAUCAAGGGAAAAAAAGGUUUGAUGUUUUAUGCAAUGUAUGUCUCAGAAAUUGUUUGCCUUUCUGAGUGGGGUGCUAAGCUAGAACCUCUUUGUUCUUUUAAGGGUACAAAUGUAACUCUCUUCCCCAGUGAAUGGGCUUCUUAUCAAUGUAAUGUCUGUUGUUACACAUGGGAUGAGUACUCACUGGGUUAUUCAAGUGUUGAAAUGAGUUUCCCUGUCUCCCUGAGGCAGGAGAUGUCUGGCUUCACUGUUACCCUGCUGCAUGUUUCAUCUGUCCUGUGCUUCUUGGCAGUGUUUGUGUCCCUGACCUGUGCGUUCCGCUAUGGCCAGGAGGACAUUGAUGUGAUUGGCCUCACCUUCCGCCGGGACCUGUACUUCUCCAGGGUCCAGGUGUACCCACCUGCUGACAAGCCAGAGUCUCUCACCCUCUUGCAGGAAUCUCUGCUAAAGAAGCUGGGGAAAAAUGCUUAUCCCUUUGUCUUUACAUUUCCAGAUUACCUGCCUUGUUCAGUCUGUCUGCAGCCUGCACCUCGUGAUGUUGAUAAGACUUGUGGUGUGGACUUUGAGGUGAAAGCUUUCUCAACAGAAAAUGUGGAAGAGAGAGUUCAUAGGAGGAACUCUGCACGUCUGCUGAUCCGUAAGAUGCAGUAUGCUCCGGAGAAGCCAGGACCCCAGCCUUGUGCAGAGACCACCUGGCAGUUCUUUAUGUCCAACAAGCCCCUGCACCUGAAAGCUUGCCUCAGUAAAGAGGUAUACUACCAUGGUGAACCCAUUCCAGUCACUGUCACCAUCAACAACAGCACAGAGAAAACAGUGAAGAAGAUCAAAGUCCAGGUGGAGCAGGUGGCCAAUGUGGUGCUGUACUCCAGUGACUUUUAUACCAAAGUGGUGGCUGCUGAGGAAGCACAGGAGAAGGUGCAGCCAAACAGCAGCCUGACCAAGACACUGACACUUUUGCCCUUGCUUGCAAAUAACCGAGAGACACGGGAAAUAGCUCUGGAUGGAAAACUGAAGGAUGAGGACACAAACUUGGCUUCUAGUACUAUCAUUAAGGAUGGAAUAGACAAGACAGUGAUGGGGAUUCUGGUUUCCUACAAGGUCAAAGUGAAGCUCACUGUUCCAGGCAUGCUGGGAGACCUCACUUCCAGUGAAGUGGGCACAGAGCUGCCAUUUCGUCUCAUGCACCCCAAACCUGAGGAAAAGAACCCAGCAGUGAAGCAGAGCUGGUAUUUGAGGAGUUUGCUCGUCAGCAGCUAAAAAAUACACCUGAUGAAGAGGACAAGAAUUCACCGUCAACGAGUGAUUAAAAGAAUAGGCUGACAGAGGAGCUGUGUUGUCUGGCUUCAAUUACAAAUGUAGGACCUAAGUUUCUAGUAAUCUGAAUGUUCUUGGUUCAUGUACUGUCUUCCAGGGAUCAGCCCUGAGGUCAGUGGACAUGACAUCAGGAAUCUCUAUUGCUUAUUACAAGAUUCACCUCUAGAGGAAUGUGGCAAACACAACACCUGGUUCUUACUUGAGCUACCAGAGGAGGACAGGAUGUCUGCAAUGUCAUGACUUCUGCUUUCAGAACUGCCUAAUAAAAAGUUUGGUUGCUUUCAGCACUGGUGAGAGCUUAAAUGAGGGUUUAUGCAGCCUGCCUGGACUUAUUCAGUGUCAUUCUGUGACUUUGAAGUGCCAGUGAACCAAAUCCUAGACUGGAAGGCUGGCUUGCAGCCAUGGGCGAUUCAUCAAAGUUUCUCAGCAGACUGUACAAAACUGAUUUUAUUUCAUUUAGGUUGCUUUUGUGUUGAUGCUUUACCAAAUUCAGCCAGUGAAUUUUUUCAGUAUUUGCACUGUCCCCAUGUGGCUUUUACAUUCACUUUCUGUACCAGUAAAUAUCUUGCAAGUUGUCUCCCACAGCACACACAAUGCUGAUACACAGUAUUAGCUUUCUAGCAAUAUACUUAAUAGCUAUGUUAUUAAAGUCGAGAUAAAUGUGCACUGUCCAUGAAUUGCUUAAAGCUCCCUAUAUACAAAGCCAAACAGAAAUACAAGUCCAGUCAGAGCCUGUAUUUAAUCUCGUUUCCUGUAGGCAACUGCUUCAAAAGAGGGUGCAGGAAAAUUAAGGAGGAAAUUAUGGUGCAGCCUUCCCUGAGGAGCCUUUCCCAACAUCUGCCAGCAGUUGGUUUAUGUUCUAAGAAAUGAGAUUGUGUUCUGCAAACUUGGUUUUCUCUUGUUGAUCUGGAUAUUUUCAUUA